AUGGCGGGGUCCAGGCGGCGGGGUCCCCGGGCCGCGUUGCGGCCGCUGCUCUGCGCUCUGCUGCUGUGCGUCUGCCGUUCCGCGGGCGGCGACGGCGCGGGAGGCGGCCCCGGGGCGGCGGGCGCCACGGACAACCCGGCCGCGCCGCCGCACCGCCGCUUCGAGUACAAGUACAGCUUCAAGGGGCCGCACCUGGUGCAGAGCGACGGGAGCGUGCCCUUCUGGGCCCACGCGGGCAAUGCUAUUCCAAGUUCGGAUCAAAUCCGAAUAGCACCAUCUUUAAAAAGCCAAAGAGGAUCAGUGUGGACAAAGACAAAAGCAGCCUUUGAGAACUGGGAACUUGAGGUGACAUUUCGAGUGACUGGAAGAGGUCGCAUUGGAGCUGAUGGCCUGGCAGUUUGGUAUACGGAGAAUCAAGGCUUGGAGGGGCCUGUGUUUGGAUCAGCUGAUAUGUGGAAUGGUGUAGGAAUAUUUUUUGAUUCUUUUGACAAUGAUGGAAAGAAAAAUAAUCCUGCAAUAGUGAUUAUAGGCAACAAUGGACAAAUCCAUUAUGACCAUCAAAAUGAUGGUGCUAACCAAGCUUUGUCAAGUUGCCAGAGGGACUUUCGUAAUAAGCCCUAUCCUGUCCGGGCAAAGAUCACGUACUACCAGAAAACCCUGACAGUAAUGAUCAAUAACGGCUUCACACCAGAUAAAAACGAUUAUGAAUUUUGCGCCAAAGUGGAAAAUAUGAUUAUCCCCGCCCAGGGGCAUUUCGGAAUAUCUGCUGCCACUGGAGGUCUUGCAGACGACCAUGAUGUUCUUUCUUUUCUGACUUUCCAACUGACCGAGCCUGGGAAAGAGCCACCUACAGUCGAUAAAGAAAUUUCUGAAAAAGAGAAAGAAAAGUACCAGGAGGAAUUUGAGCACUUUCAACAAGAGCUGGAUAAAAAAAAAGAGGAAUUCCAGAAGGACCACCCCGACCUUCAAGGGCAUCCUACGGAUGAAAUAUUUGAGAGCGUAGGAGACCGUGAGCUGAGACAGAUCUUUGAAGGACAGAAUCGUAUUCAUCUUGAAAUCAAGCAGUUAAACCGACAGUUGGAUAUGAUUCUUGAUGAACAGAGAAGAUAUGUCUCUUCCCUGACGGAGGAGAUCGCUAAGAGAGGAGCCGGAGCCCCAGGGCAGCAGGGACAGCAGGAACUGGAUACUGUUGUGAACACUCAGCAUGAGAUUCUGAGACAAGUAAACGAAAUGAAGAACUCCCUGAGUGAGACUGGCAGACUGGUCAGUGGCGUCGCGCACCCGGGGCCGGCGGCGGGCGUGUACGAGGCCGCCCAGCACUUCAGCGACAUCAAGGAACACCUGCACAUCGUCCGGCGGGACAUCGACAGCCUAGCGCAGCGAAGCACGCCAUCAAAUGAAAGACCAAAAUGUCCAGAAGUCCCACCAUUUCCAUCGUGUUUAUCUACACUGCAUUUCGUGGUAUUCGUUGUGGUACAGACGGUGUUAUUUAUCGGUUAUAUCAUGUACAGGACUCAGCAAGAAGCAGCUGCCAAAAAAUUCUUUUGA